UCUCAGCGGAGCCAGGUUUGCCGGCGGAGCCUCGUCACGUCUGCCGCCCACCUGACUCCGCCCAUUCCGGCUCCGUCGGUGCUUCCCGGCAGAAGCUUCAUACCCACCGAGAGCGCGGAUCCCGGUCUGACCGCUCCUGCGUUUCUCAGCCUCGUUUUCGAUUUUUAUGUUUUCUUCAACCAACCUCCUGUUAUUUCAGUGGAUGUAAAUAUCUUCCGUUGUCCUCUUGAUUUGUAUUUAUUUGUUAUUUAUUUGGGUCGGUGGAGCGCUCGUGGCUCUUGACGCGCGUCUGCGCUUUGACGCAGCAUGGAUCAGAAUCCUGGAGGAGUUCUCUUCCUUUUAAUCAUCGCCUUGACGGCGACCCUGACCUACAGCACAGCAGCGGAUCAUCUUCCUGCACCGAUACAUCUCACAUCCCAGUGGCUCGACCCUUUUAUUCUGAAACUGAGCUGGAAGAUGCCGCCUGACCUGCCCAAAGACUGCAGACCUACCUACAUCGUUGAAGAACUGGAUAAGGAAAGAAGGCCCACACAGGUCGCUGAAAACCAAACCUUUAGUCAGUAUUUUCUCUCAGAGAAAAUGAAAUCCGGUCCGUUUAUGCUCAGCGUUGCAGCAGAGUGCCUCGGCCUCAAAAGCAAAGCUGCAAACAUCACCAUCGGAACAAAUCCGCCCCAUGCGGAGCUGGUGAAGAACUUCAGAUGCUUCGAGGACCAUCCAAAGGAAUGCACUUGGACCCCACUGGAUUCAACUCAGAAUCUGACGUUUCACUACAGACAUUGUGGACGGUCGGAGGAGAAGCUGCACGACUGUGUCCAGCAGAGCGAGGAGCACGUCUGUUACAUGAACCAGAGGGAUCUGACGCGAGAUGUGUGCGUGGUCGUCAACUCGGCCACGCACAUGAACACCUUGAAGCCCGAGCGUGCCGUGCACGUGCCGCCGCUCAACAUCACCGUGGAAGGAAACUCCCUCCGGCUGACCUGGACGCCAUCAGAUGUUCGAAGGCAUUGGCUGUUUGACCUGUGGUACAAAGAAUGUGAUCAACCCAAAGAGCCUUUGACAUUCCAGGAGAACACAUUCCAGAUCCCGUAUGACCCCUGCUGCAUCUACAACUUCCAGUACAGAGUUCGAUCCACUGGGUCUGAAACACCAAUAUCCAGCAGCAACAGCUCUGUGCUGACAUACGGUUCUGGAAAAUGUUACAACGCAGCCAUCAUAGUGGCCAUCGUCGCCCCCAUCCUUCUGUUUUUCUGCGUCUUGCUGUCCUGCUACUGCUUCAGAAGGCACAAAGACAUCAUCUGUCCCAUCGUUCCGUACCCUUCCAACCUGCUAAAGGAGCUGAUGAACGGAACAAAAGAUCCAGGAAAGCCGACCAGUCUGCUCACCACAGACCAGGAAGUCCUCGAUGAUGUCAAAGUCUUCCUGGUGAACGACAGAACAAGCCAGCAGAGGGUCUGAUGGGACAUCAUGAAGCUGGACUUUUGGUGAAUCGCUCAGGAACAUUACGGAGUAACAUCUUAGAAGCUUCGUCUUCUCCUGGUCAAGCGCUGCAGGAGGCUCACUUGAUUUGUCUUAAGCUCUUUACCACUGAAAAAAUAUAAGAAGCUACUGAGAAAUGUAAAUGAAUGUAAAUGAAGAGCACAGAAAAGGGAGAACCGCUGAGAGAAUGGAGCGGAUGCCGUGGUUGGAUGCAGCCGGGCAUGGAGGGGCGCCAUUUUCCUGAAACGCCGGCAGCUACUCGACGGGCACACAGCAAUGAACUCUGCCGCUCAGGCCACUGACCUUUGAGAAUCUGCAUUUUGUAAACCUCAGAAUGGAUCUGUUUCUACUUCCUCCGUGAAGGGACGUUUGCUGUGAGGCGGCGCUCUGAGCGCUGCCGUCCAGCAGGGCUUCACUGCCUCACAGUCGGGUUUCUUUGGGUUCGUAUCUCAGGACUUCAUGAUGUAAUCCUCUUGGAAAAGAAGUUGUAACUUUACUUCCUGUACUAAGCUACCUGUGGUGCAUGUUUGGAUUUUUUCUGCUGUGCCUCAAAUAUAUAUAUUUCUGAUAGCUUCUGCAAUAAGUUUUAAGAAAUUGUUUUUCAGUCCUGUUUAUUGGACUUCCAGAGUUUGUAGAAGGUGGAACUUGUGUAAAUAACUGUGAAUACAUGAAACUGUGUGUCGUUUUUGUGUAAUCUUCACUUUUGUAAGUCAAAAGCAAACUGUAAACGUGUUGCACAGAUGUAUGAAAACAUGUUUUAUGAAUCCAGCAGCUUUCGGUUUCCACUGAAAGCUUAUUUUGCUUUAUUGUAAAACCGUCACUUCCUGGAAUGCAAAGCAGCGAUCAAACUCCCUCAA